CCUCGGCCGUGAGUUAAUUGGUAACGAAACCGACAAGAAAGUCUAACGAUGACAGUAACAGAACUUCUUCGAGGGUGAAAACAUGUUGCUUGCAUCGUUGUUAAUUCUUCUAAUUUGGUGUCUACAUUACCGCUGGAAGAGACGUCACCUUUACCACCACGCCAGCAAAGUACCAGGUUUAAAAGGUUGGCCCGUGGUUGGUAACCUCUUCGACUUUACAGGCGAUGCUAACGAAAUUUAUGACAAAGUUUCAGCACACUUUGAUUCUUGCACGCACAUUACAAAAGCAUGGAUUGGGCCAACUCUUGUCUACGGUAUUGUCAAACCUGAAUAUUUAGAAAAAGUACUUACAAGUCCAAACACCAACUCCAGAGUACACUUGUACAGAACAAUUAUUGGCAAAUUCGGCGGAAACGGACUUUUUUCAGCUCCAAUGUCUAUAUGGAAACGCCACCGCAAAGUAAUAAACCCGAUUUUCAGUCGAAAAAACCUUGAUCACUUUGUUGAAGUGUUUGCAAAACGGUCUACCAUUUUGGGUGAACAUUUAGAACAGUACAUCGGGAAACAAGACGUGGAUUUGUUUCAGAUAAUCAGUAGAGGCACGCUGGAUAUCACUUGUGAAACCAUGAUAGGUGUCCAGAUCAAUGUACAAGAAGAACAAUCAGAAGUGGCAGAAUGGACAGAUAAGUUGUUGGAAAUUAUGCUCUAUCGACUUUAUAAAUUUUGGUACCACCACGAUUUCAUUUUCAAGUGGACGACGUUACAUAAAGAAGCCGAGGUAUUUGUAAACAAGUACAACCUUUUUAUAAAAGAAAUUAUCAAAAACAAGGACAAAAGCGUCAAAUCUGAGUCUCCAGCUCUGCUCGAUUUUUUGCUUGAUUUGUCUACUAGUGGAAGCGAACUGACAACAGACGAGAUUGUAGACGAAAUCAAAACUUUCGUAGUUGCUGCCUUCGAUACCACGGCCGUUAUGUCUUGUUUUGUAAUUACCAUGUUGGCGAUGCAUCCGGACAUUCAAAAUCGCGUCUAUGAAGAAGUUGUUAGCGUUUUGGGGCCUGAAAGAACGCCGGAUUUUAAGGACUUACCUUCUUUUAAAUACAUGGAAUUGGUAAUUAAGGAAACCCUCAGACUUUUCCCUGGUAGCCCGUUUAUGGCAAGAGAAGUCCUAGAAGACUUAUCUCUGGAUGAGGAUAUAACCCUUUCAAAAGAUUCCUUGGCAAUACUAGGAGUAGUCCACGUUCAUCGAAGUACCAAAUAUUGGGCAGAUCCUCUCAAGUUCGACCCGGAUCGGUUUUUACCAGAGAGAGCCACAAACAGGCAUCCUUUUACCUACAUACCGUUUUCUGCAGGACCUAUGAAUUGCAUCGGUCAGAAGUACGGGAAGAUGGCACUCAAAAGCAUCGUAGCCAUUCUUGUCAGAAAAUUUCAAUUUCGUACUGAAUACAAAACGGUCGACGAAAUCAAGUUGACUACUAAACUCAUUGUGAGACCACGUGAUGGUUUCAAAUGUUCUUUUGAGAUGAGGAAAAAAGAAUAAGAAGAAACUGUCACUAUAUGUACUAUCUAUGUCGGUAGAAAUGAAAUUUAGAAUUUGGUGUUGGUUGACUGGAUUAUGUUAUCAAAUUUGCUGUAAUAGGUCGAAAUAAAAGUUAUUUUCUCA